GCAGCACGAAAGAAUGGUUGUUCGUGUUUUUGAUAAUCGAUUUCAACGAAUAUCUAAGGAAAUGUCAGUUUCAAAAGUAUUUUGCCUUAACUCUUUUUUCAAGGCCAAUGCUGGCAUUAAACUUGAAGUCUACAGUUCGAAAAAAUUAUAUUGCUUUUCAUCAAAUUUAAAAAACCUGUCUGGUGGCAAUAACAUUAGACCUAGCACUAGUACUAGUAGAGCCACUGCUACAGAAUUUAACUUCUCCAAUAACGUGAUGAAGUAUGAGACAAAUACUUGGCUACCACUAUCCGACUUUCGUAAAUUUAGCAAGAUACUUAGCCGAACAAGUAACCUCAGCAUUAAAGAUAAAUGUGCUUUAUAUAGUCUGCAAGAAAAGAUAGAGGAUAACGGUAAAUGGAAAUGCUUGAAACAGUUUAGUAUUUUGCCUACUGGGACAUCCGUGAGUUUAACUUUACCUAGGUUAAGAUCUUUAGAUCCACGUAUUCAUAGUACCAGGGGAUUGAAAUGGUUGACUUGGCCAACAGAUAAACUACCUGUUUCAUGGACUCGGCCUGAAAAGAAACCCCACAUAUUUAAUUCAGGUGACUUGGAACAAAAUCUUGGAUCAGUGGACUACAAACAGCUUAGACCAGGUUUUGAAAUAUCUGAAGAAUUAAAGACUGCCAGUGAAGAUGUAAGGAAACUCUUUACCUUGGAGUUUGCCCCAAAGAAAGAAGUUACUUUGUUCAAGAAGCAAGAAAUGAUAAGAAGGGUACAACGACAUCCUUUUGAUAAGAGUUCUCCUGAAGUGCAAAUUGCUGAAAAGACCUACAAAGUGAGGAGCUUGCAAGAACAUGUUAGAGCCAACCACAAAGAUAAAACUGCAAAGGUGAGCCUGCUUCAUGCAGUACAUCGUCGUAACAAGAUGUUGAAAGAACUGAGAAAGAUGGACUACCUACGCUUUAGUUGGCUGCUACAUGAGUUGCAAAUUGUAUACAAACCUUCACCACUUAAUUAUGUACCACCAAAAGUGACACGAAAAGGGGAGCUGCGAAGGCUUAUUACAGAAUAUUGUGAAAAUAUGAAACAAGAAAAACUAAAAAACUAUCGUGAAGAGCUGGAAAAACAACAAGAGCUAUUUAUUAAAGAAAAACAAGAGGCUCUCAGUUGGUUUGAAAAAGAGAAAAAAGCUUGUAAGUUGAGUACAGAUGAAAAUGCCAAAACAUAAGAACACUUGAUAGGUUUUUUAUUACAAACAGUUGCUGUCUAGUUUCUUUGCAUGUUUUAUUAAAGUAUUAAUUUCAAUA